GCGCUUUUCUAGUCAACGGCGAGGCUAAAAUUAACAAUUGGCUGUCAAAAGCAAGAAAAGAAAAACUCGGGAAAUUGUUAAUUAAAAUCGUGACCCACAUCAGCCCACUCAGCCCCCCGACUCAGCGAUGACGUGGAAGAAGCAGCUGGCGCUGCUGGCCAAGCCCUACUAUUGGGUAAACAUCCUGCUGGCCAUCUCGUACCUGCUGGCCAAGAAGACGCAGUUCAUCUGCAUUCGGCUCUUCAAUCUCGCCGGAGAGGACGAGGCGUGCGAUUUGGACAGUCGAGAGGUGGAGAUCCUGUUCUUUCUGCUCAUCGUGGUGAUGAUACGGUCGCGCAAAACGGGCAGCAUCACCAUGAUCAACUACUUGGCCUCGUCCUUUCUCUACACGAAGGUAGCCAAUGCCAUUUUGUGGGCCUAUGCGGAUUUCCGCUACGGCCUGGGUUUUCUGCUGCUCUGCGUCCUGGUGGGCAUGGUGCUGCCCGAGCCCUCGUACCGCGGACCCGAGCACAUCACCUACUUCCGGAACGCACAGGUCUUCGAGGAGGAGCUGGCGCGGGACAAGCGUACCACCUGGCUGAUCUGUUUCUACACUGUGUGGAUUCCCAGCUGCGUGAACUUUGCCCCGGUCUUUGCUGAGCUCUCCGCCGAGUACAACACGGACCACCUGAAGUUCGGCAAGAUUGACAUUGGACGCUUCCCGGAAGUGGCCCAGAAGUACCGCAUCUUGGACAGCUCAUUCUCCCGGCAGUUGCCCACUGUGAUCCUGUUCCAGCAGGGCAAGGAGACGGAGCGCAGACCCUGCUUCGAUUCCAAAGGCAAGCUGCAGAAGUUCUUCUUCUCCAGCGACAAUGUGCGAGCCACCUUCGGCCUCAACCAGCUCUACAAGGAGGCUGUGGAGCGACUGCCCGUUGCGCCCAAGGAGGCCAAGAAGGUCCAGUAGGCUCCGGCUGCCCCGCCCACCCACGCCAUCUCAUUUCUGCGCGCACGUGCUAAUAUCUGUUAUUCGUUUAGUUCUUAGUUUAUUUUAACUUAUUGAGGCGCGGCUGUGACCUCAACUGCCACCGCCGGAGACACGUACAAUUGCACCAAUAAUUGCAUUCAAUUCUAAACUCAAACGUGCCCUUGUCGCGUUGCUAUUGUAUAAAUUAUUAGUGUGGUCUUGCAUUUGCUUAUUUAAUUUGUAGCUAAUCAUCAGGUACCAAAUAUAUUUAAAAGUGUGAAAUGAGUCAACGAA